AUGGCGGAGAGGCUGGCACCCGAGAAGCGCCAUGCCUUCGUCCACAAUGGGCAGAAGGUUUUCGAAUGGGACCAGUCGCUGGAGGAGGUGAACAUGUACAUCGAGCUCCCCAAGAACGUGCCCACCAAGCUGAUUCAGUGUGUGAUCCAGGCCGGCCACGUUGAGGUCGGCAUUCGCGGCCACCCGCCCUACCUCAACCAUGACCUUAUGCACCCCGUGAAGACCGAUUCGUCUUUCUGGACGAUAGAGGACGGUGAAUUGCAUAUCACUCUGCAAAAAAGGGAAAAGGGGAAAGCAUGGGCAUCUCCAAUAAAAGGCCAAGGUAGCUUAGAUCCAUAUGCUGCAGACCAGGAACAGAAACGGCUUAUGCUGCAAAGGUUUCAAGAAGAGAAUCCAGGGUUUGAUUUUUCGCAGGCUCAGUUCAGUGGUACCUGCCCUGACCCAAGGACCUUCAUGGGUGGAAUUCACACUGAUUGA